GCCGUGAAACUAAAGAUCAACGGCGUGGAAAAAUCGUUGUCGCUCGAUUCACGCAUGACUUUGCUCGACGCUCUGCGCGAAAAACUCGCGCUGACAGGUUCGAAAAAAGGCUGCGAUCACGGUCAAUGCGGGGCUUGCACGGUCAUCGUUGACGGUCGCAGAGUUUUAUCUUGCCUGACGCUGACGGCGCAAUGCGAAGGAAAAUCCGUAACGACGAUCGAAGGUUUGGCAAACGGAAACGAACUGCAUCCGAUUCAGACAUCGUUCAUCAAACACGACGGAUUUCAAUGCGGUUACUGCACGCCCGGACAGAUUUGUUCGGCAGUUGCGCUGAUGACCGAAGCAAAAAACGGCGAAGCCAGUUACGUUUCGACCAACAUUCGCACAAAUGCGAAAAAUAUCAAACUUUCCGACGACGAAAUCCGCGAACGAAUGAGCGGAAAUCUGUGCCGUUGCGGUGCGUAUCCGAACAUCGUCAAGGCGAUUCAA